AUGGCUUCCAUGGACCUGACCCGACGCGAUGUCAAUGUACUUGACAAGAUCAAGGACCCCGAGUCCGACCCUUCGACCAACGUCAUGCUAGACCCGUCCCUGCCCCGAGACCCUCACAUCACCAACACGUCCGUCUACGAACGUGUCAUCCAGAAGGAACGCGAAAUCAUCCUGUCCAUGCAGCAGCUCGAACUUCAGUUGGCAGGAUUGAGGCCGAAGACCGUGGCCGAACCCGUGCAGGAGUACAAGGGCCUCCUCUCGAAGCUCGACAACUUUAUAGAGGAAUAUCCCAACUACGCCAGCUUGAGAAACAACCGUGUGCAGGCAUUGAGGCGACUGUAUGGCGACACUAUGCUGUUGGCAGGAGCGCCGGCUACACCUCAACGACUCAUCCAGAGCCCCGAGCCAGCCGAAGCGACCCGGCAUGCGAGAAUUGCACUAGAAGACAUCGAUAUGUCUAUUGCUCUCCUCACGCCGCGCACCGUAUUUGGCGCCAUGUCGCCGCAGGCCGCUAAGACGCUGUCUCUCACGUACACGCAGCGGGCUGCCAUCUAUCACACCUCGGCAAAGCUGAUGGACGACCACGCUGUGCAGGUUGAAGAAUCUCGGCGUGAAGCGAGAUGGACGAAGCUCGAGUUCGAGGAGGCGGCCUCGCACGACUUUGCCUUUGGCGGGAGGUAUGGCAACGAGAUUGCCAAGGGGCUGGCGGUGAGCACGAACCCGACUGCGAAGCUGUGCGGGCAAAUGGUUCGGGAGGCGAUGAAGAAGGAGUAUGGGCCGUCGUAUGCCGAGUAA